GGAGUAGUCGCAAAAUAUAAAGUCUUAUUUGAAGUGCACCAAAACAAAAUUCCAAAAUGGUGAAGAUCAAAUGCUUGACAAACACGGAAACGUGUGAAACGAAUCAGACAUUCAUACAACAGAUUAAUGACGAGCUGGAACCACUGAAAACGUCAUUUAUCUGGAUGAUGAUCGCAUUGAUUGUCGCCAUAUUGUGGGUCCUCUACAUCACUUACUAUAAUUCAAGGAUGUUUGGCGCCCUUGUCAGUGUUAUACUAAACAGAUUUGUCAAAAAAGGACAUAUACAAUUUGGUUCACUUUCAUUUUCUGUGUUGACUGGGAAGGUUAUGUUCCGAGACGUUCGUUAUAUAACAGAAGACUUUGCUAUAAGAGCCUUAGAUGGUUGGAUGAUAUUUAUGUGGUGGCGUCCUUAUGU